GUGGACGCCCAGACCAUGGCUGCCGAGGGACCCGGCCCCCGCGCCCCGCUCUGGACGGCGGCCCUGUUCCUGCUCGGUCUGCCGCGCCUCUCCGUGCGGGCGGAUGGGAAGCUCUUUUUGCUGGAGUCUCAGAAUGGCUCUCGGGGGCUGGCGCUGGAGGAGGCCCGGCUUUCCUGCAGGAGCAGGGGUGCCCACCUGGUGUCUGCGGAGGAGCUGCAGAGGGUGGUCCAGGACUGCGCCCUCGCUGUGUGCGCCACGGGCUGGCUGGCGGACGGCACCCUGGGGACAACCGUGUGUAGCAAAGGGAGUGGUGAACAGCAAAUCAUGAGAGCUGUCGAUGUGAGAAUUGAGAGCAACCCGGCUCCCGGUGGCACAUACAGUGCCCUUUGCAUGAAGGAUGAAGAGAAGCCGUGUGGAGACCCGCCUUCGUUCCCACACACCGUCCUGCAGGGACGCACUGGCUUGGAGAUGGGGGACGAGCUGCUGUACGUGUGUGCCCCGGGCCACGUCACGGGCCACCGCGAAAGUGCCUUCACCUUGCUGUGUAACAGCUGUGGGGAGUGGUACGGCCUGGUGCAGGCCUGCGGGAGAGAUGAGGCUGAGGCACAUAUUGACUAUGAAGAUAAUUUCCCCGAUGACAGAUCUGUGUCAUUCAAAGAGCCCGUGGAGGAUUCCCGGACAGAGGCAGAGGAGGACAAGGGUCGGGGCGAGGCCUCUGAGGAGGUUCCAAAACGGGACCGUCUGGUCUCUGUUUCUGCGGGGAGAGAAAACAUAGCCCAGGACACAACCUUUGGGCCCACUACAGGCUUGCCGAGCACCGGGAGCAGCACCCCCACGGACCUGCCAGGGUCUGUACUGAAAGGGAAGUACUUGUUCUGGCUUCCCGCCGAGACCUCACACAAGCUUGAGCUGGAAAAGGAGAUGGACGAUGACACCAAAAGGCAGUUCCCUGCUGGAGACAACCACAGUGGUGUAACGUUGGCCCCAGGCGAACCCGAAACCAAGGGGAUUUCUAGCAGCAGUGAUGACCCCUCGGGGCCAUCUUUUGGCAGGAACGACAGCAAGGUAGGGGACCCAAUGGUGAGCAGCAGCGACGAGUCCUGGUUAGACGGCUACCCUGUGACCGAUGGGGCUUGGCGGAAGAUAGAGGCAGAAGAGGAAGAAGUGGAGGAAGAUGAGGACAAAGGGGAUGGAUCAGUAGGGCAGGAAGAAUGUGUUGUAUUUACUCCCCAUCAGCCCCUUCUCGUGGAAGCUAAGAAGCCUGGGAGUACUGCCCUCACACCAAGCGAGGACAUGACCCAUAGUUCGGUUCUUCCAUCUCAAACACUAGAUGUAGAAGCUUUUGCUCUCAGACCCAAGAGUGUGUCUGAAACUGAAGGUCCCUCCAAGGGGGAUGGUGGCUUGACCAGCUACCACCAGUCAACUCUUCCUUGGAGAUUCGCCACAGAGAAGUCUCCCGUGGCCACCCUGCCCUAUGAACUCACCAGCUCUACCUUGGACACAGACACAACUGCUGUCGCAAAGACACCUAACCACAUUCCCUCAACUGUCACGGUGGCCACCCACACGCCCGCGGAAACCACUGCUCCCGAGGUCCAGGAUAACUUCCCAUACCUGCUGUCUGAAGACUUCUUGGGACAAGAAGGCCCUGGCCCCGGUGCGAGUGAGGAGCUUCUUCCCACCUUGGAGACAUGUGUGGGAGAUGAGUGUCCUAGCCUCAGCAGAGGCCCCAUCAUUGCCACCAUUGUCACCGUCCUGUGCCUGCUGCUGCUCUUGGCAGGCGUGGGGGCUGUGUGGGGCUACCGCAGGUGCCAGCACAAGAGCUCCGUGUACAAGCUGAACGUGGGCCAGCGGCAGGCUCGGCACUACCACCAGCAGAUUGAGAUGGAGAAGGUCUAGCCACUUCAGAGUGGGCUUCCCCCAAGCCACUUGGUGGGAAAACAAACUGUGACACAUCACAUUGAUAAACACUGAUAAUUCACUAGAGCAUGAAACAGGUGGCAUCGGGCUUGUCUUUUUUUCCUCAGGUCUUUGCUUUAUAGGCUGAGACUUAUCUCUGGAGGCACCUGGCCGGGAGGUCUGGAUGAUAUCAUCACACACACCAAUAUCUCUUCAACCUUCCACCCUGGAGUGAAUUGCACUAAUCCAAGACCUGGGCUUGGGCCCUAAUUCCACCACGAGGUCAAAACUCACCUCUUGCUUCAUCAUACUAUUGUCUUCUUUUCU